CUUGAGACACGCAACACGGAUCUCACGCUUUCCGCGUUCGUGAGACAAACACAAACCAAAAAAACAAAACAAAACAAAAAACUCCCGGCUUCACUAGGAGACACGGCUCGGCUUCACUUUUGGGGGGGACAGUAACACCAUGGAUGCCUUGAGAGCAGUCGCCUUUUACACGCUCUUCAUUUUCCUUUGGAGUUUACCGUGUUGCCAGUCAGCUGCGCUUCUAUCGCAGAAAAGGAGCAAGGGUGCCAGGAGCGCGUAUGAUGGACAAAGGUCACCCAAAUUUCUUAAAGAGAUUUUCGCAUCCUCCCCGGGCGUGAGUCGUCGGGAUGACUUAAAGGACCCGGUUGUGCCCCACGAUUACAUGAUCUCUAUAUACAGGACUUACUCCGCUGCUGAAAAACUGGGGCUCAAUGCAAGCUUUUUCCGCUCUUCAAAGUCUGCAAAUACCAUAACGAGUUUUGUAGACAGGGGAAAAGACGAUCUCACGCUCUCUCCUUUGCAAAGACAAACUUAUCUGUUUGAUGUCUCAACUCUCUCAGACAAAGAGGAGCUGGUCGGUGCUGAAUUAAGGAUAUUUCGCAAAGCGCCCGGGGAUGUCCAAGCGUCCCCAUCAGGCGUCUACAACAUUCAUUUACUCUCAUGUCGAUCAGAGAGGCCACUGGCUUCCAGAUCCCUUGAUCUUCAGGAUUCCCGAAAAACAGAAUGGGAGGUUCUGGACGUUUGGGGGAUUUUUAAAAACAGGCAUCAAGGGAAUCAGCUUUGUCUCCAGCUCAAGGUUACGCAUGGCAAAACUGACACUGAAAUCGACCUAAAGCAACUGGGUUUGCACCGGCACGGCCGAACGCAGCAAGAAAAGGCCAUUUUGGUGGUCUACACGCGGUCUAGGAAGAGAGAAAAUUUGUUUAAUGAGAUGAAAGAGAAGAUCAAGUCUCGCGGAGACCAUGAGGAGGAGGAGGAGAGCGCGCUGCAGUUUAAAGCGCGGCGCAGACGGAGAACUGCGCUCAAUAAUCGCCAUGGGAAAAGGCAUGGCAAAAAGUCCAAAUCGAGAUGCAGCAAAAAGGCACUGCAUGUUAAUUUCAAAGAGCUGGGAUGGGACGACUGGAUCAUCGCUCCCCUGGAUUACGAAGCCUACCACUGCGAGGGGGUGUGCGACUUCCCAUUGAGGUCGCACCUGGAGCCGACCAACCACGCCAUCAUUCAGACGCUCAUGAACUCCAUGGACCCCAACAGCACGCCACCGAGCUGUUGCGUCCCCACAAAACUCAGUCCCAUCAGUAUACUAUACAUAGACUCCGGCAACAACGUCGUGUACAAACAGUACGAGGACAUGGUGGUCGAACAGUGUGGCUGUAGGUAGCGAAUCACACACGAGGGUUUGGCACCAAGGCAUAAAAAAAACAAAAACAAAAA